AUGCCAAUCAACGGUCAUGGGACUCGUAUUGCGGGCACCAUUGGGUCUAAAACGUAUGGUGUCGCAAAGAAGACACAGGUCUUCGCUGUCAAGGUCCUAAAUGAGUAUACAGCGGGUCAGACAUCGGGAAUUCUCGCAGGGAUGGACCCCAUCGUUGAGGAUGCUGCUACUCGAAAGUGUCCCAAGGGUAUUGUGGUCAACAUGUCUUUUAGUGCUGCUUCUUCUGCUGCCAUCAAUACAGCAGCUAUAUAUAUCGUGAAAUUGGUUGUUCUCUCGCUGCGGCGUGUCGCCGUGGACGCGUUUGCCCUUGGCACUGGUAUCAAGAGUACCUGGAUCAAGGGAGGUGUCAAGGUCGAGUCAUGCACAUCAAUGGCAACAUCACACGUUACUGGCUUCGCGGCAUAUCUUUUGGGCCUCAAAGAUAUCAAGGCAUCAGAAUUAUGCAACCUUAUUGCAUCCAUGUCUCUGAAAGACGUCAUCAAGGGUAUUUCCUGA